AACAGUUAAUCCAUUUUACAGGCUAGCCAGUGUUAGCCAAAAAUUUGGCAAGGCAAGUCAGCUGUCAACGCGAAUGACAAGCAGCAAGUAAAAUAUGACUUCGUUUGUGACAGAAGUGCUUGCUAGUUCUGGCAAGCUGGAAAAGGAUGACCUAAUGACCAAGAUCUCCAAAUUAACUAGAAAAUCGGAUGACAUUAAGGCUGAGGCAACGUACAUGAUAAAGAAGGAAUAUGAUAACUUCUUACCCACCUACGACCUCGCCGAGAGACUGGGCAGAGAUGUGGACGGCAUGUACAAAGAGAUUGAUGAUAUCAGAGACGUCAUUGAGAACGAGGUCCACCAGGAUCUCAAUAAGUCUGUGACAGAGUUCACUAGACUGGGUGCACAGCUGGGGAGGACCAAAGUGGUCCUCAACCUUUGCCAACAUCUGGUGGAGUUUGACAAUGCACUUAAAGAGUUCCAUAAGGCCAUGCGGCAGAGGGAAUACGUGCUGGCUGCGGAACAGCAUGAGAAGGCUCAGGACGCCGUGUCGAAGGUGAAGAUGUGCAGCAGUGCAGAGAUCCCCCUGCUGAGAGUGCUGAUGUCAGAGCUGACCAUCCAGAAGGAGACCCUCCUCUACCACCUGGGGGAUGAGUGGGCCAAGAUGGUCACGUGGACCCUGCCCCCAACAACUAAAGAGCUCACCUCUCCAGAGGCCUUCCUGGGCGUGAAGCUGCACCUGAGCCGAGAGGGCAAGGCCUACGAGCCCGACCUGGCCAACGUCCUGCAGGCGCUCGCCGUCCGCGGAGACCUCCAGCGCAAGAUCAAGCAGUUCGCCCAGCUGCUGGUGAAGUACAUGUUGAGGCCGGUGAUCCUCCACCCGGCUCUGGUGGUGGAGGUGACGGAGCAGCUGUCACCCUGCGGCGUGGCGUUCACGGCUAUCAGCCUCACCAGCCGCGAGACCGUCGCACAGCACCGUGAGCCCCCAGAGCUCUACCAGCAGGUCCUCGCCGUCCUCAAGGCCCUACACGGGCACCCCUUCAAUGCCUUGGUGGGGGAGCAGAAGGUGUGUGAGAUGCUGGGCGACCUGAUCUGGGAGGAGCUGUCGGAGAACAUUAUCCAGGACUGCCUGGUGCACUCGAUCCCAGCCAAGAGCAGCCAGCUCGACAAGUACUCUGAGGUGAUCACCCAGACCCAGGGCUUUGAGGGAUCCCUGCGUGAGAUGGGCUACCUGAGGGAGGAGGCCACGGACCUGCUGAAGUACGCCCAGAACUACAACCGCCACUUCAUCAGCAGGAAGUGCCAGGAUGUGAUCGUGGAGGCACGCCGCCUCAUGACCUCCGAGAUCCACGACACCGUCAAAAUCUCCCCCGACUACAAGCUGUCUCUCCCGGCGAUGCCCCGCCCCGCGGGGGACAAGAGGAAGCGGGGCGGCCCGAAGGCGGAGGCUCCUACCCUGGCCCUGGCCCUGGAGGCCCCGGGGGAUCAGCAGCAGCAGCAGAUGGAGGCGCGCACCAUGGCCCUCCCUGCCUGCCGCGUCAGCCGCUCUGCACAGCAGAUCCUGGAGCUGGCCAUCACCACACUGGCCGAGGCUGCUGACCGCUCCAACACAAGUGCCAUCCAGAUCCUGUAUGCCGUGAGGAACAUAUUCCAUUUGUUCUGCAACGUUGUUCCCACAUAUCACGAAGAGAGCUUGCUGAAGCUACCCCAGUUGGCAGCUAUCCAUCAUAACGACUGCAUGUUCCUGGCCCACCACCUCAUCACACUGGGUCACCAUUUUGGCCCGGUGUUCACCACCGACUACACCGUCUGCUCCUUCGUGGACCUCGUCCCCAGUCUGAGAAGACAAGGCACUCGCUGCUUCAUGAGCCAGAUGGGCGUGCUUAGAGGGGAGAUACUGGAGAGUCUGUCCACCGCCAGGGACUUCUCCAACCUGGAGGACAAGGUCAACUCAGAGACGGCCAACAAGGCCGUACGGCAGGUGGUUCUCCAGCUGAAGAGGGUGGGCAGAGUGUGGCAGGACGUGCUCCCUGUGAACAUCUACUGCAAGGCCAUGGGGACGCUCCUCAACACAGCCAUCAGCGAGCUCAUCGCCAGGAUACUGGCACUCGAGGACAUCUCUUCCGAGGAGGCCAACUUCCUCCACGGCCUCUUUGAGCACAUCCUGGUGCAGGGCCCUCAGGUCUUCACCCCCGUGCUGGAGGAGAAGGAGAACAGGAGGUACCAGGAGGAGGUGUCUGUGUACGUCACCAAGUGGAUGGCCUUCAAGGAGCUCGCCAUGGUGCUGCUGGCCAACCUCAACGACAUCCUCAACAGGUGGGCAGAGAGCAAGGGUCCACUGGCGCUCGCCUUCUCCUACAACGAGGUCAAGGGUCUGAUCCGAGCCCUCUUCCAGAACACGGACCGCAGAGCAGCCGCCCUUGCUCAGAUCGGACCCAGUUUUUGAACCUGAGGAGCCACCAGCACCACCGAGUGGUCUUUGGGCAGAGUGGACAUGUCGUGCUUGGACUGUCCAACAGCAGCAGUCUGUUCUUCUCACAUUUGAUUGACUGGUCAGAUCGUUGUCUUUGAUUGGAACAUGGCGUCAAGUGUGGGUUUCAGGAUCAGGUUUAGAUCAUUGGCAUGAAGCUGUGCCUCAGGACAGAACAUUAAGGUCUUAAAAAAGAUCCUUCAGAAGUUCUUCUGUAACCUAGUGUGACCUGGAACUACACCUCCACGGAAUCUCCUUGGAUGACUCCCUCCUUGAAACCUGGGGAAACCGCACCUAAUCAGGAAUCCUAAUGAAUUCCUGUGAACUCUAGAACACAAAGGCCUGUCAUUAAAUCUGCACAGUCUCUUACUCAUAUGUGUUGUGUUUAACCCAAACCAAAAACAUGUAUUUACACAUUAAUAGUUUGUGUAGUUCUUCACUAUCGGCAUCAUGUAUGUGAUGUUGGUCUUUGUGCUUCCAUUUAUUUCUAAUACAUCCUCCCUGUGAUCACUCUGUCAGUCUCUGGUGGUGAGAAAUAAGCAGCAAACUGAGAUGGUGGUUUGUUAUUGUAUCCUUUGAAUUUGUACUGCACAGUAUGGGGAAAACCUUUUUAAUUUCAUCAUUUGAGCUUCAUGUAUGACAUUAAAACGAUAUUAUAAAAA